AAAGAUUUUAGAAUAUAGUAAUUUGAAGUAGUUCGUAUUACAUUAAUUUAAAAAUAUAAAAAUCCAUAUAAUAAUAUUAAAAAAAAUGGAUAAAGCUAAUUCUAAGAAUAUGUUAUUAAAAUCACAGUGCAAAUAUGACGACCAAAUUUGUUCUACAGAACAUACAAAAGAUGACAAUGAACAUGACUGGUGGGCAAGUGAUAGUGGAUCAAGUACUGGAUCAUAUUAUUCGGAUACAGAUAGUUCUACAGCAGAAUGGGAGUCACAAAUUAAUUCGAAUGGAGAAUUAUUUUACAUAGAAUCUGGAAUCGAUAAUGUUAUUGAUGAACAAUCUUUAUUUAACGAAAUAAAACAUGAUUCUCAACCAGAAUUAAUAAGACGUCGUAGUACAAGAGCUGGAAAACUCAUGCGACUUAUACGACGUAAAGAAAGUAAACGUUGGAGUACAAGAAAUAAAAAAAGCAAUUUCAAUACAGAUGGCAAUACAGGAAAUUUAGGAAAAGAAGGAAAUACAAUUAAGGAAGUAACAUUUAGAGAUUUUCAAGCAGGUGAAAUUCGAGAAGUUACAUUGUGGGUUGAUCCAGAUAAAAGACAUAAAUUAGGAAGAAGGGCCACAUUAUGUGAAGCAUAUUUUGGAAUUAUUCCAGGUGUAUUUUCGGAUAAAACAAGAAUUAUGGUUGCUGGAUUUAUACCAGAUGGGGAAGCAAUGAAGAACAAAAAUAUUAAGAUUGGAGAUUGGUUGAGAAGUAUAAAUUCAAACAAUGUUACAUAUCAAAAUUUGGAUCACAUAUUAUCUGAAAUAACUACUCCAAAAAAUGUAAUACUAGAAUUACAGAGAGUUGCAGGAGUUGAUGUUACAGAAAAACUAUCUGGAUUAAAUUGUCCUAAGCAAUCUAUAUUAGUACAAAGACUAAUGAAUAUGGAAGAAAGUAAAAAUUUAAUGGAAUUGCUAAUAGACUGUCCAUAUGGUGUAUUAUAUGUACAAACUACAGAACUUUCGGAAAUGGGAACAGAGUUUCAAAAUGUUUUAUAUACAUUUCCACGAUCAGAAAAUAAAAAUAUUCUUUCUAUUUUAUGCACAGCUAAAGGAGCUUUUAUAACUCUCAAUCAUUUAUUACCAGAAAUAGGAGGUCAACAACCUAUCAGUACAACAAUACAGGUUGCAAAAGAAGAAAUUCAUAUUGUAUAUACACCACAAGAUGAUAAGUUACUAUUAAUAGCAUUGCCAAAAAAGUGUUGUAGUCUUGAAGAAGCAGUUAAUUUGUCAGCUGAUAUAGUGAGAACUUUAGAAUUUACAUAUCAGUCAUUGGCAAAAUGUUUUAUACCUCAGGAAAAUCAAACUUCUUUAGAUCAUUUUUUCAUUUUAAUUAUUCAACGAUUAUUAGAUAUAAAGAAUUAUACCAAUAACACACGAUUGAGUACAUGUGUUGAAAUUCAUAAUGAUAUUGAAAGUAUAGAAAGUUAUAAAUUUAGAAGUGCUUUCUCAGUUACAAAUUUUAUAGAAUUAUCAAGAGAUGCACAAAUUCAAAUUGAUGCUGCUUUAAGUGAAAUGGAAGCCAUGGAUUACAGAGAUUGGAAUGAAGAUCCUAUGGACUGUCAAAGACUGUAUACAAUUCUAGGUAGCUGCAUUUAUCAUAAACGUUAUCUACUUGGAUCUCAUUUAACUCAUGAUGAUUUAAUCGAAGUAGACUCUUAUCUUAGACAAAAUUGUCUCUUAAAUUUGGUAACUAAUGAACCUGUAAAAAAUCUUGUUAUUUGGAAAAAAGUUUAUCCUUCUUCAUGCAAUCGUGGAAAUACAGAAAAUAAUAGAAGCGAUCGACCCUUAAUUCCUAAUGGAAGAUGGUUUUUACUUGUUGUUGGAUAUGGACAUGAUUUAUUAGCGGUACUCCUCGAAUCUGGUGGAUGUACUGCAAAAUAUAAUGAAAUUACUGGUCCAGAUGUAUUUUAUGUAGAAGAAGCCCAAGAGACAUUGAAACAUAUACAGAAAGUGGGAGUAACAACUUUAGCAGCCAAGUGGAUUGCAUCCAAUACUAGGCCAGAGGUAAUAACUUAUGAAGAUCCUGUAUCCGUAAAAUCAUCAUCAAGCAUUACGGAAAAUCUGUUGGGUUUUAUAAAAUCAACAGAUGUACAAAAUUCGCCUAUCAAAUCAUAUCAUGCUACAACUAGUAGUAAAAAAAGUCAAGAAAUACCAUCAAUCUUAAAAAAACGUAAUAUGGAAGAGAGUCCAAUGGUUUUAGGAUCUGUAUAUUCCUUGCACACAUCAGAAGAUUCAUUGAGCCAAGGAACAGGUGGAAUUAGCGAAAUAAGUGAUGAAGCCAUGCCAAUACUAGGGAGGCGAGCAACAAGAGAAAAAAUUACUAGUGGUUCAAGAUAUUCUGAUGACAGUGAUUCUGAUAUUGAUAUAUACAAGAACGACGGUCGAAUAUUAAGUAUGGACAUAUCGAAUAUACGAGAAAAUCUUUUAAAUCAGGCUGAAUAUUUAGUACCAAAAGUAUUGACAGCAGGUGAUAAAAAUUAUUUAUAUUAUUACAUACAUCUAGAUAUGGUUGAAGGAAUUCUUUUAUCUUCAAAGUUGCCAGAAUAUUCAGAAAAGGAUCAUAAAUUUCUCAUUAAUUUUAAUAAAUGUGUUCAUAUUAUACACAGACUGUUAUAUAAUACAGUAAGGUUUAAAAAAAUGUUAAAUUCAGAUAUGGACAAAACUGUAAUUAAUAAGAGCUUAAUUGCUGUGAAAGAACAUGGUGUGUUAUUUGAAUGGGAAAAUUUAGCCUACUGGGUGGUUGGUCGAUUAUAUACAACUCCUCAUCCAAAGGAAUUAUAUGUGUGUUAUGAAGAUUCUGCACCUCAAAAUUUAAUUGAAAUAGCAUUCAAAUUGCAUUCAUUACAUAUACUAUCAUAAAUACUUAAUUUUUUUUUACUUCAUUUUGCAGCAUUUUUAACAUUUUGAAUAUUAAUAUAAGAUGUAUUACAGUAAGUCAGAAUAUCUGUAAGUAUUUGUUUAUACUACUGCAUUUCUUCUUUUUAAUAGUGCAAUGUUUUUUGAUCAAAGUAUUUGAAAAAAUAAGCUUAUGAUUUAUUCAACAUUUAUUUUUGAAAAUGUACAAAUAUAUUGUUAAAUAUUUUAAUCUUUUACAACUAUGGAACAUCUACAAAAUAUAAUAAUAUAUUUACAUAUUAUUCCUGUAAAUUUACACACAAUGUUCAUUUACAAUUACAAAAUACUUUGUAAUAUAUUCUUGUAAG